AUGGAUUCCAUGAUCGUGACGACCGCGGACUUUAAUGAAGACAAGUACAAACUAUUGCAAUUGAAUCCUGAGAUUGAGCAGGCCAUUACUACUGGCAGCAAGGUCUUUAUCGUCGGUGCGCGAGACACACGAGCAGUAAUAUGCACUGAAGACAAAUCAUACUUUAUUAAGAAGGAGGAUACAUCGAACUUGCGGCUACUGACGACCCACACAGACUGGAGCGGAUCAGAGGAGACGAUGACUAAGAGGACGAUUCAAGUAUCAGGAGCUGCUCACUUCCACUAUUUGCUUGAGCACAAGGUUCCCGAUGUUACACAGCUUCGGGCUUUGCUGCUGGAAUCUCCGUACGUAAAGCCUCGACAUGAUGCUACAGAGUCUCACGUGAAGCGUGUAAAGCUGCACAAGUUGUACACAACAGGGGAUUUGGUUGGCAUAUUGCAAGUGAGUGAGCAUGAGGUAUUGACGAUGCUGAAGGAGAUACACGCCUUUGAAGAAGCGGGUGCAUGGCGGCUGUUGGAACUGCAGUACCAGACACAGGUGUUUACAGAUAUGCUAGAUACGAUCGUUCAACAUGAUUGGGACGUGUUAUCGAAGCCGGGGGUGCCUCUAAAGCAGUUUCUCACGGAGCUUGAUGAACCGAUGGUAGCGAUCCGUCAGUGUUGCAAGCUGUAUGGUUUGCUGACGCUAGUGAACGGAGAGGACCAUUGCACGCUAAAUCCGGCGAAAGUUGCUACCUUUCGGGCAAAGUCAUUGUUUGAUGAGCAAACAGAAGAAGCCAAGUUCCAGGCUCAGCACGAGCAUGCAAAGCCCGCUGAUGCUGGUUGGGAGCUAGACCAAUUCAUGGAGAAGUGGAAGCUCCGUGUGCCUGACAGCGUGACCGUCAGUUUAGAGAUGCUCUGUGGUCUUGUACUCAUCAAACCUCAGAGGGCAGGCAAGCCAACUCGGAUCGUCUACUUUCCUGAAGAAGAUUUGUCUCCGGACCCAAAGAAACGGUUCGAACAGCUUUUUAACAUGCAGGAGAAGUGGACCAUCAAGCAGCUAGAGCCGUAUAUCAAGUCGUUGGUUACGCCAAGCAUAACACAAGCGUCAUUGUUGCUCAAGCACACACGCUCGUCGCGUCAAGGUAGAUCGACCGAAAAGCUGUACAGCAGACGAUGA